UACCUUUUCGUUACUGACAUCAAAAAGUAACGGUGUUACCUCAUCGUUACUCAAAAAAGUAACGAUAUCAGUAACGGCGUUACAAGUAACGCGUUACUUCCCAAUCCUGCCAUUUACUAUUUACCAGUGACAGCCAAGUCGUUGCAUCACACGCUCUGAAUAUGCGCACUAUUGUAGCCAAUGAAACUUAGGCACAGUCGCCCUCCGCAUUUCAGCACAACUCCCCUCGCCUAUCUUAUGGGCUUAUGCUCUGUCCCUAUAUUCCUAUGUCUAUGGUAUAUGACCGCCACACAUUCAGACAAUUUUCGCAGAAAAUGUGCACGUGGAAAAGCCAUAGAGUUUGGAAUAAAAUUAUGACAAGAGAUUGGAGCUCACGAUAGGUUAGGAAUUUCAUAGACAAGUCCUGCCUCAUUUAUUCAGACAGACGAGAUCUUUGUUAGAUGAUAUUACAUGAGGCAGAUAAAAUGAUGCAUUACGGGCCGUGGAUUCAACACCAAGCAAUGUUGGACAAUCACCAGUGUUAUGCACCUUAUAUCAAUAUGAUGCCAUCUUUCCAACAUCGCAAUCAUGAGCACCAUCAGCUAGCUGAGGAAGAGAAUGAACAGACUGGGGAUGAGACACAUGAUACAGUGACACCUGCUACUUCUGGGGAACGAAGUUCCAGUGCAGAUCUCUUUAGAUUGGAGUUUGCUGCUGCUCAAUGGUCUAAAUUGGUCUCUAAUGCAGAGGGUUUGUUCACAAAGCUUAUGACAAGUAACAUUUUGCCACAUACAGAUCAGGAUCAAAUUGAGCAGUGGCUGUGCAUGAAGCAAGAAUACGAAGAGUGUAUAUCUGGUGAUGAUACUACUAGUAUGCAAGGAUACACAGAGAAUAUCAGAAGAUCAUUAGAACGUAUCGAGGAAGUAACUGAGACCGAUGAGAAGACGGAUGAGUCUGCGAAUCAAAUGAAACUCAAGCUCAAUGCUAACUGUACCUCCAGCUCCGAGAGCGACCUAUCUAAUGCUGACGACGAUGACGAUGAGGAUGAUGAUGAUGAUGAUGAUGAUGAUGAAGAGGAAGACGAGGACGAGGAUGAGGAGGAGGAGGAGGAGGAUCGGAGCGAUGCGAGUUCGGAAAACCCAGACUUUUUGGAGAAAUUGGACGAGUGCAUCAACAAGUUCAAGAUAGAUACGGAUAGAGAUAUCGAUUCCAAGAAGGAUGAAUUCAGAGAAACAAACAUCGAGAUUAUACAUCCGGCGGCGAGAUCUGUAAACAAUAAUUACGUCGCGAUAGCGCGUCCUAUACCGAUCAGAAACCCAAAUUCCCGCAGAAACUCGAUGUUGCCCGGUUCCGACAUGUGUAACGAGGUAUUGGUCUUCAACGAUAACCGGAAACCUUGCCAGAACCAAGUUCUCGAGAAUCACCUGAUGGAACGUGUGAAUCCGUGCGUACUGGAUAACCGCAAGACGGAGGUGAAUCUAAACGACAAUUUCAUAACGAUGCAAAACGACAAUUCGCCGGAUCUGUUGCUCGAUGCCCUCAAAACCGCGGAAAUACCCGAGCCUAUUCGCGAAUUGAAAGCCUUGUCGCUGAAUAACGAGGCUAAGCAGACGCAAGUGAAGAAGAUCCAGUCGGAUCUGGACGGCGCGCAGAAGCGCAUCGAGGAGCUGCAGACGACGAUCAAGAUCAAGCAACGUUUUAUCGCGGACAUGAUGAAAAAUUCUGAUACACGCACCAACGCGAAGCAGCGCUUCCAACGUAAGCGCAGCAAGCUCCAGGAGGAGUAUUACAACACGAGGACGCAAUUAGCACACGCCGAGAAUGCGUCCUUGUACUCAGACUCUGAGGAGAAGUCUUCUCACAGGAAGGAGAUCGAAUUAUACAAAAACAUGGCGAUACAUUACGAGAAGCGCUUGAUGGACAUUGAUAUGAUUAAGCAAAUCGCGGGUGAUUCCGCGAAGAAGGUUCUUGAGUUAGAAGGCUCGCUGAACACGUCGAAGAAACAAAUGGAGAAACUGAAGCGUCAACUGAAGAAGGAGGAGGAACGGAAGAAGCAAUUGGAGCAGGAGCUCGUCAAAGAUCAGCAGAAGAUACGCGAGCUCGAGGAGAAAUAUAACCUGACUGCUUCCAAACUGAAGGAGAUGCAAUCGGAGAGCGAGGAUGAGAAGCAGCACAACGCGAAGCCAAAGACCGACUGUGCGGACAAGAAGAAGAACUUGCUGGACGUGAGCGCGAGAAUAUCUCAUCUCGAUCACGUCCUGAAGGAGAAAUCGAUGGACUUGGAGAGAACCGCGGACACGGAUGAGAAAGAAGCGCUGCGGCAUGAGAUAAGAAACCUGAGACGCACCCGCGAAUGCCUGGUGGACGAGAAAUGCGAUCUGGACGAGAAACUACAGAAAGAGAGAACCCUGACCACGGUGGAGGAACGGAAGUUGCUCGAAUGCGGAGAGACGAUCGAGGCUAUAGACGCGAUGAUCGAGCACAAGAACGAGAUGAUCUGCGGGCGGAAGGACUUCUACGAGAAUCAGUCUCAGCGCGAGAAGGGCGAGCGGGUGCUCAUGGAGCGCCUGAAGAAGCUCUCUCACGGUGAGAUAAUAACGCUGUUCGUCAAGUACUUCCACAAGGUGAUCGACCUGAAGGAGAGCUCUAAGAACUUGGAGGUGCAGAUAACGGAGCUGGAGGCUCGCAUCGCGAGCCAGGAUUGGGAGAUGGGGACGCAACAAAUGGAGGCCAAGAGGAGGAUCGUGUUGAUGCAGAGGCAGUACGAGGAGAAGCUGCACCACAUGCUCAGGUACCUAGCGGAGGAGACCAGCAGCUCCGGCCAUGAGAGAUUCGACAAGGACUCUGAGCUCACCAAGUACAAGCGGGAGAACAGAGCACUGAAGAAGCGUCUGGCAGACGUGGAAGUGCUGCUCAAGGGCACGACACCGCCACGAGCGGCCAGCCCGUGCAGGAUCCCGCAGCAAGGCUUGAAACAGAUCGCGCCUAAUAGUACCCGCUCGACUACCAAGGUGACAAGACAACGGAACAAACUGAUCAUUCAAAAGACAAUCGACUGCGACAAGCGAAAGAAGUGAGUGAGCUUGUCGGGGAACGUCUGCCUCUUGUCUAUCAUCCUAUCGUGUAUAAUUUGUUCGCUAUGGCUUUCUUUCCUGGCUCGUAAGCUCAUUCACAGGUCGACUCAACGGGAUCCCCUCGCCUGUUCCACGCACCCGCUACGUACCACGCAUCCCUGCCGAUUGUACGGAGUCUCAAGGGCGUCGAGAGCAAAGAAGUAACGACGGGUGCUCUACAGAAUUCACUUCAGCUUGCCGACCCGAUGAAGAGUAGAUUUCUCAUAGGCCUGUGUACGAAUACUAGUUCCAGAUCGCCUUGCCCUUCUUUGUGUAUUUUUGUAGAAGGUACAUCGCGCUGCGCCGCGAGGGGGAGAGAAUGUAUUCGCCCCAAGUGUUAGAUGUCCGCUCGCGAGGUAAAUGUGAGACGCGCGCAGGUACGAGUCCGCAUGUUAGGGACCCACGUCGUCGUGUCUGUCACACAGGGGCGCAUAGUCAUAGUUAUAGUACCACAAGCUCGUAACUGAAUAUCUGUAGGCGUAAUGUAGCCGCCAAGUGUAGUCUCCCGAAUCUCGCUCGAGAGCGUAUCUGUAUGGUGUCCUCGUUAAUCUAACGUUCAUUCGUUUCAGCGCUCAUCUAUCUAAGUGUCGCGUCGACGACGCAGCGAGACGCGGCUACCGGCCGCUCCUGCUCCCAACUUCCGCGGCGGGAAACGAGAGAGGAAAGGGGAAGAGAACUUGAAGGCUCCCAGCGAGCCUCGUUGUUUAGUGACGCUUAUUAAGUUACAUGUAUAUAUCGCGUAGUCGAUAAUCGAAUUCAUUUCAGGCCUCGAAUGACCGUCCGAAGACGAUGGACGCGUUAGCUCGACGAACGAGCCGAGGUGUCGCGCUUGGGAGAGAAUGACCGUCGACGGUCUCAUUGUUGCUGGCAAGAUAGGAUUUGUCGAAACUGCGCUGAUUAAGGAGGAAGUGGACUCCCUCCGUGAUACGGUCGUUCACGACUGUUGUAGCUCCCGGAACACCGCCGCUGCCGGUGUCGCGGCACGCUUAACCAUCUCGCUGCACGCAGUUGCUAUUCGCAUGCGUCGUCGCUCUCGGCUAUUGUUCAAUAUAUGGCGUUAUAUGUUCGUGUAGAUCGCGAAAGAAGGCGGACACCGAUCUCUGGUAUAUUAUUAUCAUUGAUAUCUUUUCGUCGCGCGUAGAGAGAUUAGAGGAAAAGAGAGAGAGAGAGAGAGAGAGAGAGAGAGAGAGA